UCGCUCGGAGGACGUGCCUAAUCUCCGCUCCAGAGACCACGAGUUGGGCCCGAAGCAGGUCCCAAAGGCGCUCAGACACCUCGGCAGCUCGACCACAAACAAGGCAGUUCAUAUUAGCAACUGUCUACCAAGAAACAACACUCUACUGACUAAAAAGCACUGGUGAAAACCACUGUAAAUGUAGCAUGGAAUGUGGUAAGAAGACUAUCCGCCCACCUCAUCCCAGAGCAUCUGCCAAUCCACUGUCUGCAUUACUUUUUAUCUGGGUGCUGAAGGUGCUCAGGAGGGGAAUGAGGAAAGAGCUGGAGGUUGAGGACUUGUUCCAGCCGCUGGAGGAAUACAGGUCCGACUACCUGGGCGACUGCCUGGAGAGUUCUUGGAAGACAGAAAUAAAUACCAAGAGGUCUCCUAGCCUGCAGAGAGCUAUUGGAAAAAUUUUCUUGUGGAAGUUCUUGUUGUACAGCCUGCCAUUGGUUGUUUUAGAUCUAGUGUUAAGAGUAGCACAGCCACUACUCAUGGGGAAACUCAUACGGUACUUCGAGCCCGGUAGCAAUGGGUCAUUAGAAGAGGCAUACCUGAAUGCGUUUGGAAUAUUGGCUUGCAGCACCUUUUCCGUGUUCAUGGUGGAAAUCUCCUUCAUGGCUCUGACUCACAUGGGCAUGAAGAUACGAAUAGCCGCUUCGUCGCUCAUUUACAGGAAGGCACUGCGGCUGUCCCAAGCGACGAAGAGCGAGACCUCUGUCGGCCAAGUGAUCAACCUGCUGUCCAACGACGUGGGCCGCUUCGACAACUGCUUCUUCAUGAUGCCGUACCUGGUCUUGGGGCCAGCUCAAGCCGUCAUCGUCACGUACUUCGUCUGGGACGCCAUGGGUGUCGCUGCCUUGCUGGGGGUACUCGUCAUCGUCGUUCUCACGCCCUUGCAAGCUUUCAUCGGCAAGAAUAUAUCAGCGUUUCGUCGGCGGUAUGUACUGAGAGCGGAUGAGCGAGUGCAUCUCAUGAACGAGAUAGUUUCAGGAAUCCAAGUGAUAAAGCUGAAUGCUUGGGAGAUGCUUAUUUCCAAGCUGGUAGCUGAAAUUCGGCUGAACGAGAUACGUGAAAUGCAAUCGAUGUUAUAUCGUUGGGCAUUAUUGACUUCAUUUGAAGGUACCACAUUUUUUGUCGCGCUCUUAACCACUGUUUGGAGUUACAUCUUGUUUGGUAACAUCGUUACCGCUGAAAAGGUAUUCGUGGUAACAUCAUUCUUUACCGUAAUUAAACUGACAGUAACAUGCUACAUGCCUCGAGCGAUGUACAAAACCGCAGAAGUGUUUGUUUCAUUCAGGCGAAUUCAGAAAUUUCUUCUGAGCGAGGAUCUGGAGAUGCCUAGACUGCAUAACCUGUGCAUCAGCAGCAGCCUCGGUGACAUUCAGCUGGCUGGGAAAUACCGCGCAACACCACAAUGCAGAGUAGACGGAACAGUGAUUGGUAGUUCCCAGGACCGACCCAUGAUCACAGUGAUGGACGCCACGGUCAAGUGGACGCCCGAAUCCGACGAGUACGCCCUUUCUGGUAUCAACCUGAAGGUGACGCGUCCUCAGCUUCUUGCCGUGAUUGGUCCCGUUGGUUCUGGCAAGACCUCGCUGUUGCUGACGCUGCUGCGAGAGCUGCCACUGACCAGAGGCUCCAUCUUCGCGAGGGGCGAAGUGUCGUACGCCUCGCAGGAGCCGUGGUUGUUCGCCAGCUCCGUGCGCAACAACAUACUGUUCGGGGAGCCGUACGACAGGAGGCGGUACCAGCAGGUGGUGGAGGCCUGCGCCCUCGCCAGGGACUUUGAGCAACUGCCGCGCGGAGACAAGACCGUGGUCGGAGACAGGGGCGUUACCCUCAGCGGCGGACAGAGGGCGCGCAUCAACCUGGCGAGGGCCGUGUACAAGCAGGCGGACAUAUACGUCCUGGACGACCCUCUGUCGGCCGUGGAUGCGCGCGUCAGCAGACACCUGUUCGAGAGCUGCAUCUGCAGCUUCCUGAAGGACAAGAUCCGUAUUCUGGUCACGAACCAGCUUCAGUUCCUCAGCAGCGUCAACCACGUCAUCAUCCUCAACGAGGGUCGAAUGGAAGCUCACGGCACUUACACUCACCUCCAGAAAAGUGGGCUGGACUUCAUGAAGUUGCUGGAAGACCACGGAAAGGACCUGUCUGGGGGCGAGGGUGUUUCAAGAGGAGGGGUUCUUCAUCGCUCCUCGUCUCGUCGCAACCGGCGCAGAAACGUGUCCAUCGGGAGCUGCUCAUCCUCCCUAGACGGGAUCCCGAGCAUUUUGCCCUGCAGAGUGGUGCAGGAGACGCCUGCAAGGGGCAAGAUCGCUCUUGAGACAUACAGCUCGUACUUCCUCGCCAGCAGAAGAUACUUCCUGGUGGUGGUCAUGGCGUUAAGCGAACUCACGGCCUUAUUUCUCUGCAUUAGCUCCAACUACUGGCUGUCUUACUGGACAAAUACAGAGACCCUGCGAGCCCUUCAAAGCACAUCUGUCAACAUGACAAUAAAUGGAACUACUCUAAAUGUAUCCCGUAACUCAACAUACACAACAUUACCAGAUGAUAACACUCUAAUGAGCAGAAAUCUCUUCAUUUAUGUAUUUGCUAGCCUUAUAUUGGCCUACGUUAUAUUCGCACUAUUCAAGAAUUGCUUGUACUUUUUCAUAUGCAUGAAGACAUCAGUGAACUUACAUAACAGGAUGUUUAGUUGUGUAAUUCGUUUGCCAAUGAGAUUUUUCAAUGGCUGUACUUCAGGUCAGGUUCUCAACAGAUUUUCUAAAGAUGUGGGAGCGAUAGAUAAUCAGUUACCUGUUACAUUUGUUGAUUGUUUGAAUACGGGCGGCGCUCUCCUGGUGGUCGCGGUGCUGGUAGUCGCCGUCAACCCCUGGGUCCUGGCGCCCACGGCGCUGGUGGCGGUCCUCAUGAGCCUCUUCAGGGCCGUGUACCUGCGCACGUCCCGCUGCGUCAAGCGGCUGGACGGCGUCGCACGCAGUCCUGUGAUUUCACAUCUGUAUGCUUCGCUUCAAGGACUUCCAACAAUCAGAGCAUUUAAGGCACAAAAAAUGCUGCAAGAUGAGUUUGACAGCCAUCAGGAUCUUCAUUCAUCUGUAGCCUAUUUGUCAAUAGCAUCCGCAAUAGCUUAUGGCCUAUGGCUGGAUAUCUUAUGCCAAGUAUACAUCACGUGCGUGAUUCUCGGCUUCUUCAUCUUGGGACAAGGAACGCUGGGAGGCACCGUGGGUCUGGCCAUCUCGCAGUCCCUGGGGCUGACAGGGAUGUUCCAGUGGUUCAUGAGGCAGUCCGCCGAACUGGAGAACCAGAUGACGUCAGUGGAGCGAGUCUUGGAGUACUGCAGCCUGGAGACCGAGGGCGAAUUGGAGUCAUCAACGGGAAUCAAACCACCAGAACACUGGCCAUCCCAAGGCAGAAUCGUUUUCAAAAACGUUUCUUUGUCGUACAUUGCUGAAGAACCACCGGUGUUGAUGGAUUUGAAUCUAACCAUUAAUCCAUCAGAAAAGGUUGGUAUCGUGGGACGCACCGGGGCCGGCAAGUCCUCCCUCAUCUCCGCCCUGUUCCGGCUGACUCACUUCCAAGGUUCCAUCGUCAUAGACGGCGUGGACACCAAGACCAUCGGCCUGCACGACCUCCGUGGCAAGAUCUCAGUCAUCCCCCAGGAGCCGGUGCUGUUCUCCGGCCCGCUGCGCAAGAACCUUGACCCCUUCGACCAGUACUCCGACGACGUGCUGUGGAGCACGCUCGGGGAGGUGGAGCUGGAGGACACAGUGAGAGCACUGGCUGGCGGCCUGGACCACAAAGUAUCUGAAGGAGGCUGCAACUUCAGCGUGGGACAGCGCCAGCUACUGUGCCUGGCACAGGUGAUCGUCAGGAACAACAAGAUACUGGUCAUGGACGAGGCCACUGCCAACAUUGAUCCAGGGACAGAUGCACUGGUUCAGGAGACAGUGCGGAGAAAGUUCGUCGACUGCACCAUACUAACCAUCGCACAUCGCCUCCUGACGGUCAUGGAUAGUGACAGAAUCAUAGUUACUGAUGGCGGAAAAGUGGUGGAGUUCGACCAGCCACACAUCCUCCUACAAAACCGGUCCGGGUUCCUUUGGAGCAUGGUCCAGGAGACAGGCAAGGCCAUGGCCGAGAUGCUGACGAGGAUGGCAGAGAAGAGCUAUGAAAAUAUUAUGAACAAGAAGACUUGCUAAAACAUUCUAGUGGUGUGAAAUAUACAUUGCUGCUAACUGUGCCUGUAAAUUCUGUAAUUAUAGUUGUCGGAAUAUAAUAUGUGGGUUUUUCUGUCCCUAUUAUCUCCAACAUUAAUAUAUUUUAACCAGUAAAUACAGGCUACAAUAUUCUUUUAAAUAGUUAUGGUGUUUCAUGUGCA